UGCGAUAUAAUAAAUAUAUUGUAAUUUGUAUUUAAACAAUAUUAUUAUUAUCAUGACAGCAACGAUAAUCGUACAUAAAUAAUUCUAAUAUCGCAAUCGUGCGCGAGUUUUUUCCACCCACAAUUAUUAUUAUUAUUAUCGAUUGUAUAUCAUCCGCGACUGUAUUCCGGUCGGUAUCUGCAGCAGUUUACCGCCGACGGUGUCGAGAUAAUCGUAAUACUAAUUCCCUACGAUCCGAUCGUGCGGUUUCGUCGCUGGUGCAAUACGUAUAGUCAGUCUUAUACUAGUUACUAGAUGGAAUCGAAGAUCGUGCAGUAUCGUCGUGCGUAAUCGAUCGGCCCCCUCGUCAUGGCUAACAACACGGAUAAAUGGGUUGAAGAACAGGAGCCCAACUCGUUUCUCUUGGGCGAAGACCGCAGCGUGCAGCCAGGGUUCGUCAGGCAGAAUCGUCGACAAUCCGGUAAUGUUGGAGUUUUCAAAGAUGACAAACGAACGGAGAAGAUACACGAAGAUCCAGUUUCUAUGGCUAUCGGUGAAUUUGGCCGAUGGCAAGCUAUGCUUACAUUAAUUCUGUCCUUGUUAAAUUUGCCUUGCACAUGGCACAUAUUCGUAUUAACGUUCCAGGGGGCAGAUACGGACUUCUGGUGUACACCGCCGCCGGGUGUAUUGAACCGGAUAUCAGUGGAUCAAUGGAAAAUUUUAAGUGGUGUUUUCUCAGAAUCAUUAACAACCAAUGUUUCAGUAUACGAUCCUUGUCAUUAUCGUAACAUUAACUAUGACAGUUUACUUGCUAAUAAUAGUUACGAAGAAUUACUUCAAAGAAAAUCAGAACAAUAUGAGAUAAAGGCAUGUUCUUCGUGGCAGUUCAAUACUACUGAAUUCGGUGAUACAAUCACUUCUGAAUGGAACCUAGUUUGUGACCGAAAAGAAUUAAAAAACUUUGCAGAGAUGAUGUUUUUGAUGGGUGUUGCUUUUGGAGGUUUCUUCUCCGGACUCGUGUCUGACAGAUUUGGUAGAAAGAAGACAUUGAUGGCUUCUUUAAUCAUGCAGUUGGCUCUUGGUAUUUUAGUGGCUAUUUGUCCUUGGUUUGAAUUUUAUUUGGUACUCAGAUUUAUUUUGGGAUUUGUUUGUGUGAGCAUUGUCUUUAGUGGUUUUGUAUUGUGUAUGGAAUUGGUUGGUGGUAAAUGGUUAACAAUUGCUGGAGUCCUCUAUUUACUCCCAGUUCCGAUGAGCUAUAUUAUAAUUUCCGGAAUCGCAUACAUAUGCAGAGGAUGGAGGUUACUGCAGUGGUGUGUUACAUUACCCGCUGUAUUUUUUUUAGUUUUGCAUUGGUUUGUUCCCGAAUCACCAAGAUGGUUAUUAGCCAUGGGCAGAGUGGAAGAGACAAUGGAAGUUUUGCAAAAGGCCUCUAAAAUUAAUAAGCACCCAUUACCAGUGAAUAUGGACAAAAUUCUUAAACAAAGUAUUAACAAAUUUGAAAUUAAUGGCAAACCUAAAGUACGAGUUUCAGAUUUAUUUCGCACCAAAAAUAUUAGAAAGAUUUCACUUGUUUUAUACAUACUUUGGUUCAGUCUUUACUUAGUAUACUACGGUCUUGUACUUAAUCUGUCAAACAUCGGAGGAAAUAUAUACAUAAAUACUAUAAUAUCAGGUUUGGUCGAAAUUCCAUCAAUAUUGAUUAGUGUGGUAAUAUUGCUCAAAAUGGGUCGAAGAAUACCAUUAUGCCUUACCAUGGUAGCUGGUGGAAUUGCGUGUUUGCUUACUACAAUUUUACCACCAGAUACGGAUGAGUGGAUAUCGCUAUCAUUGGUGAUGGCUGGAAAAUUUUCCGUGUCGUCGUCAAACGUUAUUAUGCCUCUUUACACAGCUGAAUUGUUCCCAACUGUUAUAAGGAAUUUAGGCGUGGGAACUUCAAAUAUACCAGCAGGAAUUGCUCUUAUUAUGGUGCCAUACCUUUGGAAUUUAUCUCCACUGAGCAAAGUUUUACCAUUAUUAGUACUGGGAACAGUUAGCGUUAUUGGUGGAUUAUCUGUACUUAUGUUACCAGAAACAGGCAGUUAUCUUUCUGAUACAUUAGAAGAAGUAGAGGAUUGUAUUAGCACAUCGAAUAAUUCACAGAAAAAAUAUAUUGAUACAAUAAGCAGUAAUGUACAAAGUUCACCAUCCGAGAAAGAAUAAUUACUUUAUAGUAAAUAUUAUACGGUUUAUUAUUGUUUAUUCAUUUGUCUUCCUAAACUUUUUAUUACGCUUUAUAAGUAUUUUAAAAACAUAUUUUUAUUCAUUCUACAUAUUUCUGUGAUAAUCAUCUAAAGUUAUUGUUGAUAAAUAAGUCAACGAAAGUACUACACCGAUAAAUUAUAUUAUGUUAAUAUACGUAGCUUUUUUAAAAAACAAAUUUAAUUAAGUGAGUUUUUGUGAAUAACUGGACUGACUUUGUCAAAUUUUUUUUUUAUUAAUUAUUACCUAUGGAUAAUAUAAUAUAUAUUGUUAGACAUAGUUGUUAUUUAAAUGUAGUAUUAUCCUUAUUUUUAUUGAAUAUUAUAAAAUGUAUAUAUUUAAAUGAUUAUUAUUAUAUUUGUAUUAUGUAUAAUGUAUAUGUGUAUUCUAUAUUAAUAGGAAAAAAAAUAUUAACUUUAAUCAUAAUAUUUAAGAUAAAUAACAUGUUGUUAUUAUGUUUUUGUUAACCUAAAAGUAAAUGAAAAGUAUUAAAUUAAUAGAUUUUUAGAUUGUAUUGAUUUAUAAAAAAUUGUAUUAUAUUAACUUAAAAUAUGCAGAUAUUGGAAUAAUUGACCAAGACUUAAUAUAAAUAUAUAUUUAAAUACUGUUAAUUAUAUUUUAAUUUCUCGUAA